GUGGAGCCAUGUGUGGAGCCAUUAUGAAUGAGAAGUAGACCCGGCUUGAGACGUUGCGGGGGCUGAUUACUUGAAACAUUAUUUAACUUUUCUUUAACCUUCCGGACAUUAAAUUUCACUCUUUCACAUCUGAAAAAUAACAGCAUAGUUGGUGAAGGGAAACUAAAAUCAAGCGGGUCUACUUAAGUUAGAUGCUCCUGUUGCGCAAAGAUACUGCGGCAUUUUCCUUUAUACUCUGUGAGUCGCAGUGCAUGCUGGUAUCACUCCGCCGGCAGAGGAAAUGCUCCUAGACCAAUCACAUCUGUGUUUACACCAUCACCUGUCAAACACACGUCCCCUCCUAUCGUUUCUCUCUGAAAGUAAAUCUGUAAAGGUGGGCAGGUGAGCAGAGAGAGUCGGGAUGGGAGGGGGAGAGUGAAACCGAUCCAGACGUGUGAGGUGCAGUGCAGUGUGGGUGUUCACAGGAACAACCGGCUCUGUAUCUUUGGGCUGUACAGUAUUUGCUUUCAGUCUCUUUUUUCCCCUCCUGUGCAGCCAGGAGCUGAAACACACACUCAGACUGAAGCGCACACGGGAGCCGCUGACUGGACGGACUCUCUGGCAAUUGACCUUUUGCAGUGGAAACGCGGAAUACGUCUUGAAUCAUGAGCUCAGUGGCAGUGUUGACCCCCGAAAGCUUUGCGGAGCAUCGCAGUGGCCUCAAGGGCCAGGAGAUGACAGGCUGCGUCCCGGAGGAUGAGGCCUACAUCCCGACCUACCUGGAGGCCUUUCCUCCGCUGCCGGAGAAGGGGGCGCCGGGGGAAAAGGCCGGCGAGCCAGCUUUGGCGUGGGGGGGGGGCAAGAUCAAGCCCAUCAAAGCCUCCGUCAUCACCCAGGUGUUCCACGUGCCGCUGGAGGAGCGUCGCUACAAGGACAACAGCCAGUUCGGGGAAGGCGAGGAGGCCAAAGUGUGCUUGGACAUCAUGCAGCGGACGGGCGCUCACAUCGAGCUGUCGCUGGCCAAAGACCAGGGCCUGUCCAUCAUGGUCACCGGGAAGCUGGAGUCCGUCAUGAAGGCUCGCAAGGAAAUCGUAGCUCGCCUGCAAACGCAGGCCUCGGCUACGGUCGCCAUCCCCAAGGAGCACCAUCGCUUUGUCAUCGGCAAGAACGGGGAAAAGCUGCAGGAGCUGGAGCUGAGGACCGCCACCAAGAUCAACAUUCCACGCCCCGACGACCCCAGCGCCAACAUCCGCAUCACCGGCACCAAGGAGGGCAUCGAGAAGGCUCGCCACGAAAUACUCCUGAUCUCUGCUGAGCAGGACAAGCGUGCCGUGGAGCGCCUGUCCCUGGAGAAGGCCUUCCACCCGUUCAUCGGCGGCGCCCACAACCGGUUGGUGCAGGAGCUGAGCCAGGAGACGGGCGCUCGCAUCAGCAUCCCGCCGCCCAGCCUGCCCAGGGACGAGAUCGUCAUCACCGGGGAGAAGGAGGCGGUCGCCCUGGCGCUCGGCCGCAUCCGAGCCGUCUACGACGACAAGAAGAGGAAGACCACCACCAUCUCCGUGGAGGUGAAGAAGUCCCAGCACAAGUACAUUAUAGGUCCAAAGGGCAACACCCUGCAGGAGAUCCUGGAGACCACGGGGGUGUCCGUGGAGAUGCCUCCUCUGGACUCUGGCUCAGAGACCAUCAUCCUCAGAGGGGAGCCGGACAAGCUGGGACCGGCGCUCACACAGGUGUACGCAAAGGCGAGGAGCGUGAUGGUGGUGGAGGUGACCGCUCCCGCCUGGCUGCAUCGCUUCAUCAUCGGCAAGAAAGGACAGAACAUCGGGCGGAUCACACAGCAGCUACCACGGGUUCACAUAGAGUUUACUGACGGUGAGGAGCGCAUCAGCCUGGAGGGACCGACGGCGGAGGUGGAACAGGCUCAGGCCCAGAUGCAAGAGAUCAUCAAGGACCUGCUGGUGAGGAUGGACUACACUGAGGUCAUCGUAGAUCAGCGUUUCCACAGACACCUCAUCGGGAAGAACGGCGCCAACAUCAACCGGAUCAAGGAGCAGUACAAAGUGUCGGUACGAAUCCCCCAGGACUCUGAGCGAAGCGGCCUGGUCCGGAUCGAAGGAGAGCCUCAAGGGGUCCAGCUGGCGCGCAGAGAGCUCCUUGAGAUGGUCCAGAGAAUGGAAAACGAGCGCACCAAAGACCUGACGGUGGAGCAGAAGCUCCAUCGGUCAAUCAUCGGGCAGAAGGGAGAAAAGAUUAAAGAAGUUCGGGACAAGUUCCCCGAGGUCAUUAUCAAUUUCCCCGACCCGUCGCAGAAGAGCGACGUCGUCCAGCUGAGAGGGCCGAAGAACGAGGUGGAGAAAUGUGGAAAGUUCCUCCAGAAAAUCAUCGCCGACUUGAUUGAGAACAGCUUCUCGCUCUCCGUUCCCAUCUUCAAGCAGUUUCACAAGAACAUCAUCGGCAAGGGCGGAGCCAACAUCAAGAAGAUCCGCGAAGAGACCAACACCAAGAUCGACCUGCCGACGGAGAACAGCAACUCUGAGAUGAUCGUCAUCACCGGCAAGAAGAGCAACUGUGAAGCCUCCAGAGAGCGAAUCCUCUCCAUCCAGAGGGAGCUGGCCAACAUCAAGGAGGCCGAGGUCUCCAUCCCCGCCCGGCUGCACAACUCUCUGAUCGGCUCCAAGGGAUGCCUCGUGCGCUCCAUCAUGGAGGACUGCGGCGGCGUCCACAUCCAUUUCCCCUCCGAGGGCUCCGGCUCGGAAAAGGUCACCAUCAGAGGGCCCGUCGGGGAGGUGGAGAAGGCCAAGAAGCAGCUGCUGCAGCUGGCUGAGGAGAAGCAAGUCAACAACUUCACCGCUGAGCUUCAGGCCAAACCCGAGUACCAUAAGUUCCUGAUCGGCCGCGGCGGGGCCAACAUUCGUCGCGUGCGGGACAAAACGGGGGCGCGCAUCAUCUUCCCGUCGCCGGACGACACGGAGCAGGAGCUCAUCACCAUCGUGGGGAAGGAGGAAGCCGUCCGCCAGGCGCAGAAGGAGCUGGAAUGCCUCGUCAGAAACCUGGACGACGUGGUGGAGGACAGCGUGGCGGUGGACGUCCGUCACCACCGCCACUUCGUGUGCCGGAGAGGCCAGGUGCUGCGGGAGCUGGCGGAGGAGUACGGCGGCGUCGCCGUGAGCUUCCUCCGCACGGGGGCCAACAGCCAGCGGGUCACCCUGACGGGGGCCAGGGACUGCGGCUUCGUGGGGUCGUUAGUCCGACCGCAGAGAAAGCAUCAUGAACAUAUGAGUAAAGAAAUACUCUAUAUCACAUGAAUAUGUUCUAAAUGACCGAUGACCUCACCCUCGUGUGAGGCAGUUUCUGAAGCCGGGUUGAAAAAGCGAGACGAGUCGUACGUUUCCUCAACAGGUCAGGAGGCUCCGGCACAGGAGAACGGUGAGGUCAGUCCGGAGGCGGAGUCUGUUGCCCUCAAGUGUGACAUCAUCACCAUCGCCGGGCGUGCGGAUAAGUGCGAGCUGGUGAAAGCCGCCUUGCUGGCGCUGGUGCCGAUAACGGAGGACGUGGAGGAGAUGAUGGAGGAAUACGAGGUGAACAUCUGGGUGCCGCAGCCAGAGAAGCAGCUGGAUGUGAUCAAGGUGACGGGCCUGGUGGCCAACAUGGAGCGAGCCAAACAGGGUCUGCUGGAUCGGGUCAAAGAACUACAGGCUGAGCAGGCUGACAGGGCUCUGCGUAGUUUCAAGGUCACCGUGUCCGUGGAUCCAAAGUUUCACCCCAAGAUCAUCGGCCGCAAAGGGGCGGUCAUCUCUCGGAUCAGGAAGGACCACGACGUCAGCAUCCAGUUCCCCGACAAGGGAGACGAGCAGCAGGAUGCGAUCGUGAUCCUGGGCUACGAGCGCAACGUGGAGGAGGCGAGUCGGGCCAUCGGGCAGCUGGUGGCCGAGUGGCAGGAGAUGGUGAGCCGCGACGUCCGCCUGGACCCGAGGACCCACGCUCGCAUCAUCGGCGGCAAAGCCAUCCGCACGCUGAUGGAGGAGUUCAAGGUGGAUAUCCGGUUCCCUCAGUCGGGCUGGACGCCCCCUGGAACGCUGCAGGGAACAAGGCUCCGGACAUGAGCAGCGCGGAGGAUUUCCCCACCUUCGGGAUGGGCGUGGCCCCGAAGCAAGCGUCCGCCUGGGGGCCCAAUAAGUUCUGAAGCGGCUCGCGUGAAGGAG